AUGACUCCAGAGGAGCAGUCUGUAGUAGAGAGCAUCCAAACGCUCUUGGCCCAAAUCAAAGAGCAGACACGGUCAAUAACAUCACACGACGCUUUCGCUCGCAUAACGCAGUUGAUGUUCAGCGCCACCACGGAUCUGUGCGAAGUCUCGAACGCGCGGCGGCCUCUUCUGUCUAUGCCCACAGAGCUGCUGCAGAAUAUCAUGGCAUUCAUCCCCGAUGCGACAGUGGCCCCUUCAUCGAAUGUGCUUCCCCCGAUAUGGCAUGCCGCGGUGUACGACACGAUGAUGAUCAUUCCCAUCUCGCAGACAUGUCGGCGGCUGCGUCAAGUCGCAUUGGGGUGUCCUACGUUAUGGACAAGCCUCGCGGAUGGUCCCCCUGCGCUGGCCCACAAACGUGCUCGGAUAUUCGCGCAGAGAAGUCAAGCCGCACCCCUCAAGGUCUACUUGCCCAUAGGGCGGGGAGUCCGAGCGUAUGAGCUGACCGACAUCGUGGAGGGCUCACCCUCGCUGCCUUGGCCGGUCCAGGAGCUUCAUGUGGCCGACCUACCCUCACCCAACACCAAAGAAGAUUUGGAGCGCCUGUUCGACGCGAGGCCUAUGCCGCUGCUCGAGUCGCUCUCCGUGCAGUUCUGCGACAACCCGCUGAACCACGAAGAUCAGUACCACUUCGACGUGCCCGGUCUCAUGCCGGAACAUGUCCCGCGACUUCAGCGCCUCUACUUGGGCUCGUGCGAUCUCGUCAACAGAGACAUCAUGGGCUCUCUCACUCAUCUGGCGCUGCACAGCAUCACCGUGAACCACGUCCACAAGAAGAUUGAGUCCAUCCUGUCUGCAUGUCUCGUGCUCGAAUCUCUGCACCUCGAGCAGAUCGAGGAUCUCUUCAGCCCGCCCGAGCCCCCGCCGGAAGAGGUGACCGUGCACGAGUUCUACCACCGGAAGCCUAGGGCUCUCCCCUCAUGCCGCCGCCUCCGCCGGGUCACGCUCCUGAAGAUGUACGGCUACCUAGCCUCGUUCAUCGUCUCCCUCGUGCUGUCCGACCAGCGCGGGCUCGCGCUACAGCUGCACGGCAUCAAGACGUCUCCCAACCCUCAACUUCCCGACGACCUCCUCAUCGGCACUUCGCAGCUUGCCAUCGGACGCUAUCUCUGCCGUUGCGAUCUCCAUCGUUCUAUCCCAUGGGGGAUCACAGCGGUAACACCCGAGCGCACGUUCCGUUCCAACGCGGCUGCGUUAGAGGACGCUACCGCCCCGCUCGGGAGCGAUGGGCCGCUGAUGAGCGUGCACGAACUAUGGCUCGUCGACCUCCCAUCAGCCGGCCCCGACGAGGAGGACGUUCCACCUGAAGAUCUAGAUGCCGCACUCAUGCUCAAGGCCACCAUCGAGUCCAUGCCCGCGCUUGAAACCGUUGUGCUCGCGAACCACAUACAGCUCGCGUGGAUAAGCACCGCGCGCCCGAGCCUGCACCUCCUCCCCGACAUACCCUCGGCCGUCUCCUGGCCAUCCAUCUCCACGCUGCGCAUCGUGUACGGGUACGGGCCCGAGGUGCAGGACCCGAGGUCUCUGCCCGUGGACAUGCACGCGCUCGUGCCCUCUUUGGACUUGACCACUAUCCUGGAGGAGCUCGCAUCGGGCGCGUACGACUACCUGGAGCACCUCGUACUGGAGAUCCCGCCUUUCGUCCGCGUCGACGCGCGGGAUAUCGAGCGGCUGCGCGGGAACUUCGAGACGGCGGAGGUGAGGGUGGUUGACAAGAUGCCUGGGAUUGCCCCGCCGGAAUACUGCGUCGAGCCGGAGGUGCGGCCGGGGGACGCUGGGGAGUCGUGGUCGUGUCGACUCUGGUGA